CUUUGGCAAUAAGUGAAAUUCAUUAUCUUAGGACACUUUUAUACUCUUUGACAGAUGUCAAGGACAUUAUGUUGGACCUCCGUGAAGUUGGUCAUGCUAAUACAAACAGACACAAAAAUAACUAAAACUAAAUUGAGAUUGAAGAGCACCUGAUACCAAACUAAAUAAGAAUGGCACCAAUAGAACUUCAAGAGUCUCAAUAUGUCGCCGGUAGAGCUCCAAGGAAAUAGUCUUGGCGAGAGGCAUAAAAAUUUUAAUAAAUUGGUGAAAGAUGCCAGUCAACAUCCUUUAAACAUUGACGAACCUAACAUAAACGAAUCUGAUAUUAGCAACUUGGUUAAUAUCGACGUUGCUAACGCGAAUAAAAAUGUCGAAUUUAUCCUUAAAACUUUAGCAUGUAGCGAUCUGUUAUAUGUUACUAGAGCACUGAAGAAAAUCGAUUGGUUAAUAAAUGAUGAAAAAUAUACUCGUAUAAUAAAUCCUGAAUACCUCAAUGAUAAUCUCUAUCCGAGAAUGCAAACGAAAGCGGUUUUAAAACUACAACACUUAAUACAACUUAAAUUAAAAAAUGAAUUACGCGCAGAACAAUUUUAUAAAUAUGAAACAAAGUCUUCAGAUGCAGUAAAAUGGCUCCACAAAUGUUCGAUAGAAUUCAUAGAAAAUAAUUUUAGUAAACACACAAAAGAAAUUAAUAUCCCACUACUGAAACGUCUCUGUGAGAAAUCGAUUAUAUUUCUUCAGAAAUAUGUAGAAAGUACCUAUGUAAAUACCGAAACUUUUCAGAAAACGUUAUUUUUAUUGCAUGUCAACGUUGAUAAAUAUUUAGAUAUUAUAGAAUCGCAGUCAAUAUAUUCACAGCCCUAUUUUGGUAAGCGAGCUACGAAAGUUUUAAUGACGAAAUGUCCUAAAAGAAUAAUUGAUAAAUUCAAUCGUUAUUGUAAUUAUAUUGAUACACCUACUUUCGUGAAGUACUUAAAUGAAGAUUUACAAACAUUCCUAAUGAGAAAUAUUGUCAGUGAAGACAAAGAAAACGAAUUAUUUCGUUAUUUUAGUAGCGUUAAAAAUUGGAACGCGUUCUUGAGCGCAAUGUCGAAAUCAAAACGUAUUGAAUUGAUUAAUCAGUUUUUUAUAAGCGAAACAAUAAGUAAUGAAAAUGAAUUAGGGAAAACUAUAAAACUAAUUAGAGACUUGCAAUAUCGAACACCUUUGUAUCAAUGGUACAAAUUCUUUCCAUUCGAACUUGCACUUUCUAACAUCAAAAGUAUGAUUGGACCUGAAACUGCGGCAAGCGAUAAAAACAAAAUGCUGGAGACAAUAUUACUUUCCGCUAAGGGUGAUUUAGAACACGGAAAGUGUUUACUGCAAUAUUUUAUAGAUAAACACAUUAAUUCUCCCAGGGAAAUAAGAAUCAGUUUUCUAGUCAAUUUUAUAUCUAAUUUCAAGACACACAAUUUUGAUGAAGAUUCGUGGAAUAUGUUGCAGAAUAUAAUGGAGAGCUUGGAUAUUUACAAAGAUGAAAAUCCUGAUAAAACAAUUAUUGAAUCUCUGAUUGUGUACCAAAUUCUACACAGCAAAAAUGUACCUGAAAAGACGGCAAAAUUAUUUUUAUUUAAUUCUUUAAAUAGUUGGCAAACCAAAUUAAACUCAAAAGAGAAAGAAAUUAUUUUUAAUUACUUACUAGAAAUCAGCUGGAAAGAAGUAAAAGGUAUUGAAAUAAAUGAAGUUGGUGAUUUUAUACGCUGCAUUAAUUCACUAAAUGGUACAUUAAUAUUACUAAAGGAUUGGAAUAAGAAUAUCCUUGAUUAUCCUUUUGUACUCGAAAAAAUCAAACAUCUAGUGAAAAUAAAGCAAGAAAAGGUUUGGAAUGGAAAUAUGACAUCAUUAUACAAUGUGCAAAAAUCCUGGAGAAAACAUAUGUUUAACGAAUCAAUUAUUUUAUCUCCUACCGAAGAAGCUUGUAUUAAUUCAUUGAAACAUGGUCCAAACUUAUUAGACCUGUAUAAAAAUGAGGUUGAGUCGAUGUUCUCUAAUAACAACGUUUCUCUUAGACGUUUGCUUCGAAAAGUUAGAAUUUAUUGGCCAGAAUCUAUUAAUAGAGACUUCAAAAGGGCAUAUUUAAAACAUUUGAAUCAAUCCGAUGGUCAAAAUGCAAUAACUUAUGGCCUGUGCACCUUGUUGCCAAAAGAAGAACUCACAAUGAUUUUAAAUAAACAUGCUCCAGUAGAUCCAAAAGUUGAUUGGGAUAACAUUGAUGAACUUGAAUUAGGUCUCCAGAGAUGUCUUGCCAAGAAUAUGCAUAACGCUCGGCCCCAUCCUCAUUUGGAGACUGUGCUUUCGUACGCAAAAGGAGACUAUCUCACGUAUGCGUUAUCUUCUGUUCUUGCGGUUUAUUAUAAUAUGAGCUCCAUACAGUACCAAGAGUUUGUUUUUAAAAUACUAAAUACUCCGGUCUCUUUACAAAAACAUGGACUUCGGAUUUUAUUUAAUAAGUUAUCAUCUGAAAAUAUAAGAGAAUCGUGCAGUGCUCUGUGGAAGGAUACUAAAAAUUCCACAAUACGAACAGAAAUCUUUAAAAUUAUUUAUAAACUGUUAUGCAAUGAAAAAAAUGAGUCAAAUAUCACACAAGCCUGGGAACUAUUGGAGAUGUUAAUCAAUGAUCUGACGUUUCUUGAAGACAAAUCGAUAUACAAAUUAUUGUAUAAAGUUGGUCAAAUACCUCAAAGCGUGAAAGCAAAGUUUUUAGUUAAAUCUUACAAUUACUUGAAAACUUUAAUUGAAAAUAAUCAAAAAGAAUAUGAAGCAUCAGAGUGGGAUGUCCGGAAUCUUGUGAUGUAUAGCACAAAAAUUAUUGAAUCUAUGCCAUACGAGUUUAUGACUGAUAUUAUCGAAGAUUACAUUAACAAUGAAUUCUUCAAAGAAAAGAUAUACCUAGGCAAUAAGACUAAGCUUAUAUCCUCAUUUAUUUUAUGCUCUACUACUGAAGAAGAACAAAUAAAGAAAUAUGAUGAAGUACUAGCGCCAAUUUUAAUACGAUCAAUAAAAUUAUGGAACGACCAAAUAAAUCCAAAGUAUUACAUCAAACUGAAUACUGAACAUCUAUUAUUAGAUUUAAUUCACGACUUGGAGAAUUAUACAGAUGGAAAGAAAAUGGUAGUGCCUGUUAAAAUGUUUAGGAUUAUACAAAAAACAUUGGAGCAGUCGUUGCCGUUGUCCGAAAACUAUAUUUUAAUUAGAACAUGGCAGUUAGCCACGAACUUAGUAACUCUGUUCGACAAAAAUCAACCGAUAAUUUGGGAGGAUACGUGUAAAAAAAUAGUUCCCGAGUUCCAAAAAAUUUGCAAAGAUUAUUUGACGGAAGACACGAAAUCAUUUUUUCCCCGCAUUUAUAUACUGUUUAUGAAUGCUUUUGCAAAUGUUACCCGCGUAUUUUCAGAAGAUAUAAAGUACGAGAUUUGUAAGAGUUUUGUUGAGAAGGAGGACUUCCAGGCCGGGUAUUUAGCAGCUUUACAGUUUAUAAGUCUGUUGAGCGACGAAAAAAAUAUUAACGAUAUACGUGAAAACAUACGCAAACAUCCCUCCGUGGAAGUAAAGAUGCAUUAUUACAAUAUGUUCCAAGAAGAUCAAGCUGCAUUAUUUGCUAUUUAAUUCUAUACAUAGAUGCUAUGUUCUUCCAAAUAGAUUCUUGUUUGAGCAACGUAUACCUAACUGCGGAUUUAUAGUGUAUUCUCAGUUUGCUCAAAGACAGGGCUGACAAAAUAUAUUAAUUUGUU